CAAGAUGAGGCUGGAGUGCUGGGUCAACAUGAUUGAGCUGAGCGAUCGUGUGGAGAGUAUGGCUGAGCCGUUGCUAACGCUGUACAAUGCAAUCAAAGGACUGCGCGACAACGAUUCCUUCCACACCGUUCUGGGUGUCAUCUUGCGCUUUGGUAAUAUUCUGAACCACGGGUCGGCCGCCCGAGGAGAAGCAAAGGCAUUUGAUCUCCAAACGUUAAACAAACUGGUUGGACUAAGGGACCAGGCAGGACGUCAGAAUCUGCUGGACUAUAUUGUAUCUUCAAUGUACGCGGUGAACAAUGAAUUCGCCAACAUGAAGGUGGAGCUAGCCUCGACGGCUGCGAUUGCUAAGUAUGACUACAAAGGGCUGGAUAAAGACAUUCUCAACUUGGAUAAUACCACCAUGGAAACCGCGACAACAAUCAAGAAACUGGACAUCAAUAAUGACAAGACCAGGAGCUUCUUAGCUGAUGCCGAACGCAACGUGGAAGUACUCGAUAUAGUCGGGCAACGCUUGAAGCAUAAAUUCUCCAAAUUGCUGUUAUACUAUGGCUAUAGUCGAAAAGACGCACAGUCGGUCGAAAUUAAUGACUUCUUCGACAUGAUCACUACGUUCCUCAACACAUAUGACGAUGCAAUGCAAAGGGGGAUACUACUGGAGAUGAAAGAACAGCAGAAGGGGAAGAAGAAGCAAACUGUGGGUAAGCGACUAGCCGAGGUUGUCACUGUAGAGAAAGAAGUGGUGGAAGCUUGCGAGAAAAGUAAGCAGACGAGAUCACCGCGCUUCCAGUCACGAAGCAACACGCAGAAAGAAUCUGCACCUGUGACACUGGCAUCUAAGCGGUCGACAGGCGCUUCUACACUCGACAUACCAUCCGAUGAAACCUUGGCAUCUACGUUACUCAGUCCUACCGACACUCUGCGGAAAAGCGACAGCAGCGGUGGUGUGCUGCAUCGACGGCAGAAGUCUAUAGAUGCAGGAGAGGGCCUGUUGGAUGCUCUCGCUGAGAAGUCAGUUACGAAGAGGAAGGGUCGCAUUGCCCGCAGUAAAAGCAAGUACGGCACGCGCAUGUCGAUACGCAAAAGGACUGAACUGAAAUCGGGAUCGAAGGCGGAUCUCGUUGAUGCUCUAAAUGCCCUUUGAUAACACUGCUGUCUUGUGGGGAGAUCAAUGCCGAUCUACACUGCGCUGUAUCAAGUCAUCAAUAAAAAUUUCUCAC